AUGUCUCUCAAAAAUCAAAUCAUUGUCGUUGGUGGUGGUCUUUCAGGUCUCUCUGCCGCACAUACUGUCUAUGAACAGGGCGGUAAUGUCUUGUUGCUUGACAAGAACCCUUUCUUUGGUGGUAAUUCAACCAAGGCUACAUCUGGUAUCAAUGGUGCCUUAACGCGUACUCAAAUUGCCUUGAACAUUAAAGAUUCCGUUGAGCAGUUCUAUCAAGACACUCUCAAGUCUGCGCGUGAUUUAGCUCGUCCUGAUCUCAUUCGAGUGUUGACUGGUCGCUCCAGUUCCGCUGUGGAGUGGUUACAAGACAAGUUUGCAUUGGAUUUGUCCCUCGUCUCUCGUCUGGGCGGUCAUUCCUUCCCUCGUACGCAUCGUGGUAAAGAGCAAUUCCCUGGUAUGACCAUUACUUAUGCCUUGAUGGAGGGCUUUGAAGAAUUGGCUGAAAAGCAACCUACUCGCGCAAAGAUCAUUAAAAAAGCCAAGGUUGAAAACUUGAUUAAAGAUUCCCAAGGCAAUGUCGUUGGUGUUGAAUACGUUCUUGUUGGAAAGGGUGCUACCAAUCAAGUCUUUAAGGAAUACGGACCUGUUAUCUUGGCUACUGGCGGCUAUGCUGCUGAUUUCACAGACAACUCUUUGCUCAAGCAACAUCGUCCUGAACUGUACAACUUGUCCACCACCAAUGGUGAUCACUGUACUGGUGAUGGUAUUAAAAUGGCCGCUGCUGUAGGUGCCAACACCAUCGACUUGGAAAAGGUGCAAGUUCACCCUACUGGCUUAGUGGAUCCUAAGGAACCCGACGCCAAGGUCAAGUUCUUGGCUGCUGAAGCUCUUCGUGGUUGCGGUGGUCUCUUGCUUGAUGCUGAUGGCAAGCGUUUCUGUGAUGAAUUGGGUCACCGUGAUUAUGUUACUGGCAUGAUGAACAAGAACAAAUUCCCUAUUCGUUUGGUUUUGAAUACUGCUGCUUCCAAGGAAAUUGAAUGGCAUUGUCGUCACUAUGCUGGCCGUGGCCUCAUGAAGAAGUUUGAGAGCGGUGAGGCUCUUGCCAAAGAAAUGGGCAUCCCUCCCAAGCAAUUGGAGCAAACAUUUGAGACAUACAACAGAAUCGCUGAGGGUAAGGAGAAGGAUCCUUGGGGCAAGCGUUUCUUCCACAACGUCCCAGUCAAGAUGACUGAUGACUUUUACGUUGCCUUGAUGCAGCCCGUUCUUCACUAUACCAUGGGUGGUGUUGAAAUUACUCCUGAUGCCGAGAUCAAGGGUACCAACGGUAUUCCCAUUCCUGGUCUCUUUGCUACUGGUGAAAUGUGUGGUGGUGUUCAUGGUGCUAACCGUCUUGGUGGUUCAUCUCUCUUGGGCUGUGUCGUCUUUGGUCGUGUUGCAGGUCAAACUGCUUCCAAGCACUUGUUCUCUCAAUUGAUCAACAAUAAUACUCAAGUUGCUCAACAACGUUUGGGUGCCAUCGGUCAACACUUGAACGGUGGUGUUGGCAUCAACAUUACUGUCAACCCUAACCAGCCCGGUGUCAUUAGCUUGGAUAUCUCUUUGCCCAACGGUGGCAGCGCUCCUUCUGGUGCAAACACGCAAGCCAUCGAAGCACCAGCUGCUGCUGCCUCCACACAAUCAGCACCUCAAGAAGAAGCCAAGACAGUCGAUGAACCAAAGAAGAUGGGAGAAUACACAUUAGCAGAUGUUGCCAAGCACAACAAGCCUGAUGACUGUUGGGUUGUCGUCAAUGGACAAGUCUUGGAUGUCACUGAUUUCCUUCCUGACCAUCCCGGAGGAAAGAAGGCCAUUCUCAUCUAUGCUGGUCGUGACGCCACUGAGGAAUUCAACAUGAUGCACAAGCCAGAUGUUGUUCAAAAGUAUGCUCCUUCUGCUAUUAUCGGUACUCUCAAGAAGUAA